AGGAAUUGGACGGUUGGCUAAGGGCAGUUGACCGAUCAAGGCAAAUUUAAAGUGUGGCAUUUUGCCAAGGAUACUAAGGCCGCUUCUAGUCUCUGAAGUCCCAAUUUCCAACGUGGGGACCUUGGAGCAGAAGGUCAGCAGCUGCCUCAGGAGGACUGCCUCGAAGUCUCAGCAACAUCGCCCUCUAUGGACACAGCACAGAGCUUCAGUUGCCUUGAAGUCUUUGGAAGAAGAAUUCAAGGUCACAUGGACAAGCAAGUUGCUGAUGUACAGGGACUCUAGUAAUCCGAAGUUGGCCCAAGCAGGAGUAGUGGUGAAGACAGGAAGGAAGUGGAGUGCCCAGGCUGUGGUACUGGAUGCUGAGUCGCGACUGCGCCACAAAGAUCUGGUGGUGUGGUGGCUCAGGGAAGAACAGGAAUGGGCCUUUCCUAGACAUCUCGAUGCAAGGGGAGCAGGGGGAAGGAGAAGCAAAGAAAGCAAAGAAGCAAAGAUCCAGGAGGAGGUGAGGGCAGCGGUGGAGGAAGGAAGAUCAAGCAGAGCAACCGGUUUGAGACAGCAGGAGGCUUGGAUGAGUUGGGAGCAAGCCAUCAAUUUCAAAGUCACUUGGAUGGACCUCUGGCUUGCUGAGCCACAUCACAUCACCUUCCUGGUGCGGGCACUGUAUGAUAUCCUGCCCAGCCCAGCUAAUCUGGGGAAGGUGGAGACCCCAAAUUCCCCACUGUGCCCAGCAAGAGGAUCGUUAGAGCACGUCUUGAGCUCCUGUCCAACAGCACUCCACCAAAGCCGUUACACCUGGCGCCACAACCAGGUGUUGAAACCAGUUGCAGAAGUCAUUAGCAAGGGGAUUGGCAGCCGCAGCCGAGUGUGCAACACCACUGGCGCAAUGGCCUUUGUAAGAGCAGGAGAGCAAGGCAUUCAAUCAACAGCUCGGGACUGGAAGCUCUCAGUGGACUAGAAGAAGCAGCUGAGAUUUCCACAGCAUAUCAUCAGGGCCACCCUGAGACUUGAUGUUCUUCUGGCCUGAGAAUCCAUCAAGAGAACAUCAUCAUCAUGGAACGAACAGUGCCAUAGGAUCAUCGCCUGGGAGAGACGCAUGAACGUAAGAGGGCUAAAUAUGAUCAACUGGUGACAAGCUGAGCAGAGCUGGAAGGCGAGGUGUAUGCACAUUGGGGUAGGCAUUGAGGUUUUGUGGGGUCACUCACUGCACAGAGUGCUUAGUACACCGGGCAUUACAAGAGGAGCGAGGAACAGAACCAUCAAGAACAUCACCGAAGCAGCUGUGAAAGCCUUGAGAUGGCUCUGAAUAUGAAGAGAUGGUCCAUGGGGACCAGCGGUUGCUACCUGAACACAGGCUGCAGUCUGAUUAACUGUGGUCGAGUUGCCUGGGAGAGGGUGUAUGAUGUUGGAAGACCUGAAACACCAGAUAACCUCAGGAUACAUCAGUGAUGAUGUGUUCAGGUGCAUCAAUAGAUGAAUUUUAGAACAAUUACUUGGCUUGAGACAAGCAGAAUUGUGACCUCCUAAGGCUGGCUUUGUGUCUCCACCUG